GGUGCCACCCACCGCCGCCUCGCGGCGUUGUCAUAGCGACGGCGGCUGCGCGGGUGGCGGUUACGUGGCUUUUCUACCACAGCUGUGAUGGGUUCUGUGCUUUCCCUCUCCGUUAAUAACGCUGCCUCUAGGCAGAGGAGGAAGGCUGAGGAUGACGACGAUGACUUACUCGAUAGCCGAGACCGUGUGGAAGAUAUUGCCAAGUUUCCAUAUGUUGAAUUCACAGGUCAGGACAGCAUCACCUGUCCCACUUGCCAAGGCACGGGCUGUAUUCCCACAGAGCAGGUAAAUGAGUUGGUGGCUCUGAUACCCUACAGCGACCAACGGCUUCGUCCACAGAGAACGAAGCUCUAUGUCCUGCUUUCGGUGCUGCUCUGCCUGCUGAUAUCGGGGCUGGUGGUUUUCUUCCUGUUCCCACACUCCGUCCUGGUCGAUGAUGAUGGUAUUAAAGUGGUUCAGGUUUGGUUCGACAAGAAGAACUCUGUUGUCAUUCUUGCCAUCACGGCCACCUUACGGAUCAGAAAUUCCAACUUCUACUCGGUGACGGUGACCAGCCUGACUAGUCAAGUGCAGUACAUGAACACUGUGGUGGGAACCCAGCAGAACACCAACGUCUCCAGCAUCCAGCCGCUGAGCGACAAACUGGUGAAUUUCACUGUCAAGGCGGAGCUGGGUGGACCUUUCUCCUAUGUGUAUUUCUUUUGCACUUUUCCCAAGGUGAAGGUACAUAACAUAGUGAUCUUCAUGAGGUAGGUGGUUCUCUGCUGGGCUCCUGACUCAAAAGGGAAUUGCUGGCACAGCAAAUCUAGGGUACACGAAGAAAAAAAGAAAAAUCCCGCUUGGCAAGCACCCUGGCCUGGUUCACUGUGUCAGCUUUUAAUCCAGGGCGGUUGACACAGUUGGGUGAAAUGUAAGAGGGAGGAGAAGACACCAGAUCGCUCCGCGCCGAGCUUUCACGUGAGGCGUGUUGUACCCAGGGGUUGCGCUUGCCAGCUCUGUGUUUUCCCGCCCGCUGCAGCGAGCGAUCUUGAGCAAAAACCUGCGAGAAUCUGCCGCUUUUGAGGGGGGAGAGGAGUUACGUGAUGAGUGUAAAACCUGCUGGGUUUUUUAUUUUGAUAGAGCAAUUGCUGUCACUGGUCCUGUCCCUGCUAAACUGCUCUUUUCCUCCCUCCCAGGACAUCGGUGAAGCUCUCGUACAUCGGCCAUGUGACGCAGAGCGCUUUGGAAACGUACCACUACGUGGACUGCAGUACCAACUCCACGGCCCCCCAGGACCUUCUGCUGUCCCUCUCAACACGAGACGAAGCCAAAGCCAAGAGCAAACCCUGAGGACGCAGCCAAUGCUUUCCAUGGUCAGACAGUUGUGCGGAUGGAUUUCUAGAAGGGACCAGGAACUUUCAAACGGAAACAGAGGGAUCACAAGCGACUUUUGGAGCUAUUUGAGAGCUCUGGGUCCCUUUUCCGCUCUUCCAUGUGCAGCUGGGCUGCACUGCUGGCUUGGCCACGAAACCUGCUUGGGGUGUCGUUUGUGCGAGCACACGGGUCCCUUCCCAAAGUCAAGGUCCUGCUGGGCCUGCAUUCCUCUUUGGGUUUGAAGAACUAGUUUUUGGUAGGGGAACCGGACUCUCAGACAUCAUGCUUUGGGGUCUGAACAUCCCAAAGACUCAGAGUUGACUUUUGCGGCUGUUUUGAAGUUUAGCGUUGUGUCAGGUCCUUUCAGGGUGAACUAAUUAGUUCUGUGCAAUUAAUUUAUUCCACUUUUCAGCGGCAGCGUGUCACUGGCUUGUUUCAAAGCAGGGCUUGGAAAAAAAGGGAAUUUUUUUUGCGAGGAACGCACAGAUAAGGCUUCCGGCCCUGUAACUUGCGCUAGAAGGAGGCAAAGGGAUUGAAACCUCUGAAACAUGCUCUCUCCGUCGUGCAGAUUGUAUUUGCUGGUGGCUGAGGCCACCUACAGCAAAACGAUACCAAAACACCGUGGUCUUAACGAAGACGGCCUCAGUGAGUGCAGCGCUGCUGGGGACGCGCGAGGGCUCCGUGUGAAUUAGACCUUCCUCCUCCUCCUCCUCCACGCGCGGCUCCCUGGGGUUUGAAGCCAGGGAACUCGUAGCUCGGUGUUGCUUUGUACUCGUGCCUGCCGCAAACAAGUGCGGAUUUGAACUGAUUUUUGUGGGAGUUUGGCGUUUCAAAGACUCAUCUCCCAGGAGCGAAUAAAUAUGAGAGCUCAGCCCGCUGCAGUUCUUGCUGUGGACUUGCACUGUUUGCAGCGGGGUUUCUAGAACCGAAUUCUUCUUAUUAAAGCUGAGUUGUGUGUUA